AUGACACGAAUUUCUCGCAUCUCUCAUCAGCGGCUUCUAGCGCUCGUUGUGUUAUUGAUGACUAGUAGAGUUAUUGCGGUCGCUGGUGCGGAUAAUGAUAAUGACAGUGCGGUCGUUUCAUUGACAUCCGCCACCUUUGAACACGAAACCCAAGCUUCCACUGGUCAGACCACUGGCAAGUGGCUGGUCAAAUUCUAUGCUCCUUGGUGUGGACAUUGCAAGUCUUUGGCACCUGUUUGGGAAGACUUGGCCACUGUGGUUGCCAAUACAGAAGAAGAAAUGACCGACUUUGUGAUUGCCAAGGUGGAUUGUACCGAAGAACGGGACGUCUGCAAUCGAUUUGAAGUGCGAGGUUUUCCUACAUUAAAGCUGAUUGCCAAUCAUCAAGUCUAUGACUAUAAAGGUGGAAGAACCUUGGAGGAUCUCAAGGCUUUUUUGAAAAGUGGCGACUUUGGAGAAGGAAAUCCAGUUCCAAGUCCUCCUUCGUGGGUACAACAAAAGAUGGCAGAAAACAAAUUCUUGGCGGCACUCAACGAAGACUUUAAUCAUAUUGUCAAGUAUAGAAAAAACGCGGCGGCUGUUUUGGUUGGAAUGGGUGUGAUUUGGGGAAUGCUGAUAGUGGCGUUUUUCCAAAUGAUCUUUGGUGGUGGUGGUGGUAGUAGCAGUAGGAAGACUUCCAAGGCCAAGAAGGAGUAG